GAGAACGAGGGCGCAGGCGCAGUAAGGGUCUUGCGGCGUCGAGAUGUUGGACGCCGUGUUGUUGAGCAGCUGUUUGCUGGGUUUGCUCAGGGAAGGGGCCUUUGGCCUCUCCUCAUUCGCCGGACUACAGCCUGACUUCCUCCGGCACGGUAACAGCAACGCCGCCGCCUGGGGCGGUGCAGACGGGCCUGUGACACUCGGGCUGCGGGAAGACGGAAGCCCGGCCGGCUGGUGGAUGACCUCUGCACUGUUGGACUCGGAGCCCUUGGAGGAUCGGGCCGUGGACCCGAGGUGCCGGCAGUUACUGAACGAGUUCGGAGAGAGCUGCUCGACUGUGGUCAGCUGCGCGGUGAAGAACGCACGGCCGGUGCGGAUCUGCGAGAAGUGUCUCUCCCAGUUCCACAACUUCUGGGAUGUCUUCGCCAACCUCUCAAAAGAUUCAGAGAACGUUAGUUGUUCAACCCAACUUUUGAGAUCUGAUCGUUUGCAAAUAGUCCUGAUGACACGGAACUCUCUGCAGUCAAUUUGGACUAAAUCCCAGUGUGAUGCCUGUUUAAAUGAAAACAAAACAGCGCCAUCGACUGAUACUGUAAUCUUUAAGAAGUUGCUGAAUGAUUCUCUGAAUUGUUUUGAACAACACUCUUCGAAACAUCCAGUUCAUAGCAACUAUUCAGAAAUUUGCAUAAAGUGUAAAGUUUCUUACAAAAAUUUGACUGAAUACUAUGAUAGAAUGGAAAAGAACAACGAGCUGUGCAUAGACAUCAUUGAUGCAAUGAACUUGACGCGGCAACUAUGGAGCAAAACUUAUAACUGCACUGUCCGUUGUAAUGAUAUCGUUCCAGUCAUUGCAGUUUCAACGUUUCUUCUUUUUCUACCGGUUAUCUUCUAUCUCAGCAGCUUUUUUCACUCUGAGCAGAAGAAAUUGAAACUUAUAGAGCCAAAACGUCUGAGACAUUCCAGCAGCAAUACCAGCAUGCGUUGAAGAAAGACUUUUCUGAAAAUUUGCUGAUACAUUAAUAUUGACCAGGGAAAGACAUUAAUAUUGACCAGGGAAAGAUGUGUAUGAAGCAAAAGAUGAGGGUUUUGUAACAGCUAUGAGAACAUGGUCUUUGCAUCUGUACUUGUUCUUAGUUCAAUUAUUUUGUCAGUAUUUCAGAAAUUGUCCUGAAAAUUUGCACUUUGGAAUUGUUACGAUCACCUUUGUUAUUUUUACAGCAUCUGUGGUCCCUUUUUUUUGACCAGCUAAACAGUUUUAGGUAGAGGGUUGCACCCGAGCAGAAUGAUUUAAACAUUUAGUUUCAAUUUAAUUGGUGACAUUUUAUUUUUGUUUCUGCAAUCAGUGUAGUUCUGCUAAAGUUCGGUAGAUCUAGCUUCUGAUUUAAUGUUGAUUUCCACUGUUUACAUUUUAAAAUAAAGCCAUUGCACUGAAAGAAUUGCAAGCUUUUUUAAAAAAAAAUUCUAAACUAUUUUUUAAAAUUAUUGCAAAAAGAAGCUGUGAAACACAGCUGAAUCAAACUACACUGGAUGUUCCAGAGACAUGAAAUUCUGCAGAAAUGGGAAAUCUUGACCAGCGCACACAAAAUGCUGAAGAAACUCAAUGGUGAGGCAGCAACUAUGGAGGAAAAUGAAUGACGAGACCCUUCUUUGGGACUGGGAUCCAGAAAUUCUUUGCUGCUGUUUGUUUAACAAUGCCUGAAUUUUAAUUUGUGCACUAAUGAUUGCAAAAAGUAGGAGCAUUGUAGUUGCCAGUGUCCAAUAGUUUUUUAAAUUCAGCAUCUAGACUGCUGAUUCUUAUAUUUGUCUUGUAUUGAGUAACAAUACACAGCAGUCAAGUAGUUAACAAUGAAAACAAUAUGGUGAAUUCUUUAAAAUUUCAUUAAGGAAAGCCAAGAAUUAGGAUUAUAAAAAUUAAGCAAAUUUACAACAAAUUUAGGAUUGAUGUCCUUCAAAUAAGAUGUCAAUAAAAUACCUGGAUUUUAUAUUUUUAAAAAAAAUUGAAUUCUGUGAAGGAGGUUGGAAGACGUGUGGAAGUAUGGAUAAAAUAAAUGGCUUUUUAUAUUCUUUAAACUUGUUUUCUCAAAGUCAGUACUUUUGAGAAAGUAUAUUUUUAUAAUAUGAUAGGGAUAACAUUAGAUUCUUGUUUGUGUUUAAUGUAUUUGUGGUUAUUAGAUCACUUUAAAUAUGUCUGAAGCAUUCCAUAACGUUUCUGAACAGUGUGGUUUAUGUGUGUUUUCCAUUUUAUUGUUUAAAUAUUCUUUAAUAUGUGAUGUUUUGCUCAGCUGUUGUAUUGAAGCAGAGCAGUAUGAUAUCUUGGUAAAUAAAAUGUUUUG